AAUUCACAACACAGUGCACUUGGGAAUAAAAUCAUCACAGGAGUUUCAGUGUUCACAAUGAAAGUUCUAUCAUGAAUAAAUAUAAGCCCACGCACGGAAAGUUUAAAAGUUCCAAAGCGCAAGCUCAGUGGAAACAUUCUAUGGCGCGCGCCGCUGACCCCCACUGGAGAUGCCGGGCGCUGAUUGGACAAACCCGUGGGUUAUCUAGUGAUGUAUGUAAAAACGGCUAUAAAAACAGCCCGUAACUAACACCGGUCAGUGAACGAACAAGAUAUCAACAGCCUAACUGUUCUCCACCGACAAUUCAAGCCGACCUGUCCUACCUAUCCCAUCGAAGAACAUCACCAUCUGACAAGAUGCUCGCAAAAUUCGGCCUGUGCGCGGUCUUCCUCGUCCUGGGAACUGCAGCCACCUUCGACACCGACCCAGAGGAAGCUUCUCCUCGCCGUGCACGCUUCUCACCCAACAGCCCCUCGGAUGUGGCUAGGUGUUUGAAUGGCGCUCUAGACGUGGGAUGUGGUACGUUUGCCUGCCUGGAGAAUUCUACCUGUGACACUGAUGGCAUGCACGAUAUCUGUCAACUGUUCUUUCACACCGCAGCUACCUUUAACACACAGGGUAAGACAUUUGUAAAGGAGAGUCUGAGAUGUAUUGCCAACGGCGUCACGUCUAAAGUCUUUCAGACCAUCAGGCGCUGUGGCGUCUUCCAGAGAAUGAUUUCUGAGGUCCAGGAGGAGUGUUACAGUAGACUGGACAUCUGUGGUGUGGCUCGCUCUAACCCUGAGGCCAUUGGAGAGGUGGUGCAGGUCCCUGCACACUUCCCCAACAGGUACUACAGCACUCUGCUCCAGUCCCUGCUAGCCUGUGAUGAGGAGACAGUGGCUGUGGUCAGGGCAGGGCUUGUUGCUAGGCUGGGGCCAGACAUGGAAACUCUCUUCCAGCUACUGCAGAACAAACACUGCCCCCAGGGUUCUAACCAGGGUCCUAACUCAGCCCCCGCUGGCUGGCGCUGGCCAAUGGGGUCGCCUCCUUCCUUCAAGAUCCAGCCCAGCAUGAGAGGAAGAGACCCCACCCACCUAUUCGCUAGGAAACGCUCUGUGGAGGCAUUGGAGAGAGAGAUGGAGUAGAUUGGAGAAGAGGAGGCAGACAUACACACCACUUAUACCUUAAGCAUACAUUCACGUGUACACACACACACACACACAUACACACCACAGCUACCUUAAACACAAAACACACUCAUGAUAGCUUUGCUCACACACACACUGACUCACACACACACUGACACACACACAUUUUCACACAACGCACACACACACACAUAGCUUUACCCUCAAAUGAUUAAGGCUAAAUUAUUAAUGGACGUUUGGGGCUGUUGUAAUGUAGUAUUUGAUUUGGGGAAGCAUCUCUCUGUAAAUGCUGUUGAAGGUAUUUCUGUGGGGGUUGAUACUUGAUGAAGGGGAGAUGAAACCUGUUACCUAGAGCUUGAAUGUGGAGGAUUAUAUCUGCUCAGAAUAGACUCGACUAAACAUGAGAGCUGUUGAAAAGUCUGAACAUUUAAUAUUAACAAGUGUUAAUAUUAAAACAUUUCAAAUGCCACCUAAGAAAACGAACCAUCACUGUAGUUCCAUUGGAUUUCAACGUGGCCAUAACAUCCCCGUUUUGACCAGUUAUUAAAGACUGAUGGGUAUAUUAUUAUAAUAAUAUUAUUGAUAUUUAUUUUCUUACAGAAUGUUUAUUAAUGAUGUCGAUGUUGUGUUGUAACUCGGUUUGUUUCCCCCGGUGGGUGGGGUUUGACAUCCUGAUAUGACGUCACUGGCUGAUGUGUUGCUCUAUGAGGAUGUCACCACCUCAGAGGGACAGUGUGAUGUCACCAUGCUGGUCGUGGGACUCACCGCGUCCCUCUGUCUUCAUCUGUGUUAAUGUAAGAUCCUGUAGUGUGUAAAGACAUUAUAGAGUGAUCCUAUGCUGUGUUCCUCAGAUGUGGUUAUGUGGUGUAUGUUUUGAGAUCCUGUGUGAGAAUGUGUGCUCGUCUGGUACUAUACACCGUGGGGCUUGGGGUCAUUCUCUCUGCUAUGAAUAAAUAUUGUGAUCUUCAUCAUUUUGUCUGAGGUGAUUUGUGUCGAGACUCACUGGUGAUUAAACGAUCACAGUUUCAAA